AUGAAUGCGCAGAAUCGCUCGGGUGCGGACGCGUUGGCGUGCGAGACGCCGUAUGGGCAGAGGAGUUUGGACGCGCGCGAGUACGCGAGGAUUUGGCGGUCGGGCGCGGCGCACGCGGCGGUUUCGUUGGCGGAUGAACACGGAGGGUGGGAGAGCGCGAAGAAGAGUAAGACAGCGGCGAUACGUACGUGUGCAUGGCUGGAUGCGUGCGCGAAAGAGGCGAAAACAUUGAGGUUGCCGUUGUUUGGGGCGUUGACGGGGGGCGAACACGCAGAGGUGCGCGAAGAGUGUUCGCGUCGAGUGGCGGAACGGGAUGAUGACGUCGUGGGGUACGCGCUGAGCGGGUUCUUCGCCGGUGAAGACGUCAGUACGCGAGGAGCGUGCGUAGAGGCGUCGUUGAAGCACAUCCCGAGCGAGAAACCGCGCUAUUUGUCGGGGACGACGACGGUGGAAGACAUCGUGGACAACAUCGACAGAGGCGUCGACGUGUUCGACGCGAGUUGGGCGAGCGAAACUGCGCAACGCGGGCGCGCGUUUUGUUUCCCAGUCGAUGAAGAAGAUGAUGAGAUGGAAGCAGAAGACGCCGAAUCGCGCGCGACGUCGGGGAGCGACGCGUAUUCCAUCAACAUUUGGUCGACGUCGUACAAGACGGAUUUCACCCCGUUCAUUCGCGGAGACCGCUGUCGCUGCCCCGCGUGCGCCGAGCACACUCGGGCCUACGUGCAUCACUUAUUACAAGCGCACGAGAUGACCGCGGACGUCUUGCUCGAGGCGCAUAACCUAUAUCACAUCGCCGCGUUCUUUGCCGCGGCGAGACGCGCGAUUCGGUGCGGUCGGUGGCAAGAAUUUGCCGCCUUCCACCGCGCGUACGCCCAGCGCGCGCGCGAAACGUAG